UUUUCUUUUUUCCUUUUGGCAUACAAACCCAAAAAUAGUUCAUCUAAUUUCAAAGAAUGACAAAGCACGACACACAACAAAUAGUUCAUCCUCAAUUAUCAACAAGCACCUUCAAUUUAGAGUCAAAUGAUGGUCAAUUGCUAGAUGAAGAAGAAGGAUCCAAUGAAGCAGUCAUUGUACCUACAGAUGUUGAUUUAAACUCACAAACUGUACAAGUGACUCGACCUGUACAAACUGAAGAUUUUCUAUUACAAAGACCAUUAACAACAGAAAAAGAAAUUUUGGACCUUGCUUUUAGACCUGCUGCAUUGAAUCUUCGUGUCACUUGUCGAAUUCAACGUUGUCGAGAUGGUUUAGACAAGUUAUAUCCUCAAUACCAUUUAUUUAUUGAAAAUUUAACUACAGGUGAAAUUCAACAUGUUAUGACAGCUCGUAAAAAGAGAAAAAGUAAUACGAGUUAUUAUACGAUUACGGGUAUUUAUCGUGAAAAUACAAGUGUACCUGAAGGAUAUGUUGAAUUAGGAAAAGUGAGAGCCAACUUUUUAGGCACGACAUUUGUCACCUAUUCUCAUGGAAAAAACCCAAUGAAAAAGGAGAUGACGAUAAAAAAGAAGGAUUUACCUAUUCGAGAAGAGCUUGGAGCUGUUUUAUACGAUCCUAAUAUCCUAGGAUUUAAAGGACCGCGAAAAAUGACAAUUUUAAUGCAUACAUUAACACGAGAUGGAAAUCGACCUGAAUUUAGACCAGUAAAAGAAUCAGAAACAUUAUUAAGUAAAUACAGAGACGGAUAUGCACGAGAUCUUUUAGUUCUUCAUAAUAAAAGCCCACAAUGGAAUGAAGAGACACAAUCUUUUGUCCUUAAUUUUAAUGGAAGAGUGACGCAAGCAUCUGUCAAGAACUUUCAAAUUGUACAUGAUAAUGAUUUGGAUUAUAUUGUCAUGCAAUUUGGACGUGUUGAAAGAGAUUCUUUUACUAUGGAUUAUAAAUACCCCAUGUGCUUAUUACAAGCAUUUUCAAUUGCUCUUACUUCAUUUGAUGCAAAACUGGCUUGUGAAUAA